AAACUCAGUCGCUCCUUUCUAAAUUACAAAUCGGAGUUUGGAAUUAAGGACACACACACGGACACACACACCAGCAACAAUCAAAAGUCCACAGCCACCAUGAACCGAACACCACAGGAGUGGAUCCGGUUGUCUUUGCGCACCCCGGGCAUCUUCAUCUUCGGGUUGGUUUUGGCCCCGUGCGGAUGGAUCCUGAACCUUACAGCCACCGUGGCCCCAAACUGGAGGACCCUCCACGGCAUUCCGGACAUCCCGCCCACUGACUUCAUCCAGCAAGGCAUCUGGGAGAUCUGCAGAUCCACCACAGCCAACACGAGACAGGAUUGCAGCCUGCAGGACACCACGUAUUUCGGCAACCAGCUCAUCACGAUCGCUCAGGGUUUGAUGGUGGCCUCCCUCAUCGUGACUAUCAUCGGGCUGGCCGUGGCCAUCCCGGGGGUGCGCUGCUGGACAGACAGGCCUAACUGGAUAGUGGCCGGCCUGGGCGGCGUGUUGAUCUUCCUCUCGGGAGUCAUGAUCAUCAUACCCAUCGCCUGGUACACCCACAUCUUAAAGUCGAUCUCAUCAGUAUCCCCUACCACUGACGUACGCGUCGGCUACUGCAUCAUCCUGGGCUACAUCGGCGGGAUAUUUGAAAUCCUGGCCGGCUUCGUGAUGUUCAUCGGGAUCUGCCGCUGCUGCGGAGGAAGGAACCGCGGGGAGACGCGCAUCAAUGAGGUCACGGGCGUCCGGUUCGGCAAUCUGAAGCAGCCGGUGAGGAGAGUCGAAGUGCCGAGCCUGGACCGGUCCCGGAGCGUCGUCAGCAGCGUCCCGUACUCAAAGGACUCCAUGGACGACGACGUGUCCUUCCCCCGGGCCAAGAGCCCCCCAGUCCGGACAAUCAACACCUCCUACGGCGGCAGACCCUAUGAUGCCGACCUCUGAGAAGCACGUGGCAAGACAAUGUGCAAAAGGGACUUGGGAGCGUGGGAAAGAAGCAAUGGUAUUAUUAUUCAAUGACUUUAUAACAUCACACAUAUUAACCCACUUCAGUCACACUGUAUAUACUAUGCUGGAGUAUUGUAGUAAUAAUAUAGAACAAUGCUGAUAACAUAAGGGUUGUGACCAUAUGAAAUAGUGUAGGGAAUAGGCUAUUUAAGUGGUACCAAGAUAUCAAUCACCGUAAAUAUUAUGAAAUCCCUGUAGAGUCACUAUUAAGUGAAGCAUAAUCUCUUUAAAGGUGUUAUCAUUAGGACAGAUUAGGCUGCUUGAAGGCAUAAUGGCUAAAUGAUGAGGGUGGACUGAGGCUGCAGUUCAAUGCGCUACAGAUGAGAUUCAUUAUGGGCUGAAAGGAAGUCUAAUUCUUACAUAAUUGUGAUACAUAGGUGUAUGAUUCAAGCAGUGCAGCAAUGGUAAAGAUGGGAUGCAUAUAUAUUAAGAUAUGCCAUCCCUUCAUUGUCUUUUACAGUCUGCAAAUGAUGCUGAAUCCCAUUUGUGACUAGACCUCAUCUGUAAAGAAGCUUUUGCAUUUUCCUGUGUACAUUGGCUAAUAUUUUUCUCAAUUUUGAUGUCAAUUUUUUUUUUUUUUUUUAUGCACUUUACAAUUAUGGCAACCUUGAAGGACAACAGG